CGCAAAACCAUCACAACAAUAAUUGCCAAAGACAUUAAUGCAUCAAAUGGUGACAUAUCUACCUUCGCGGCGAUAUAAAUAGACAUUAGACAGCUUCAUCCGAACAUUAAUGAUCUCCAAAUCUUUUCUCAGUUCAAGAACUUUAACACCCGUGAAGCAGUCGCUCAGAUAGCAAUCCAGAAUGGCUUCUCAAACCUUUCUCAACACCCACAGCAAUAGCUAUGACCGCAUGACUAGCGGCGGUACCCUCAGCAUCGCAAAGCAAGCUAUCGCCAUGCUUCCAAUCCCCAUCACCGACUCCUCCUACGUCCUCGACAAUGCCUGUGGCACCGGCAUCGUCUCCGAAGUCAUAAAGGCCCAAUGUCCUGCUGCUCGCAUUAUGGGUGCCGACUUGGCUCCUGGUAUGCUUGAAAUUUAUAAAGACAAAGCACGUAGAUACGGUUGGGAGAACACCGAUACCAAGGCCCAAGAUGUCAGAAACUUGAACGAGUUCCGGGACGAGACCUUUACGCAUGUUAUCACGAACAUGGGCUUUGCACCGGAUGCGGAUGAUCUAACUGGACCAGGUAGAGCUGCUAAGGAGAUGUGGAGGGUGUUGAAGCCUGGCGGUGUUGCGGUAGUGACGACUUGGUAUCGUCGCAACUUCGAAAAGGCCUUCGAAGCGACAGGCAGGACCAUUCGCCCAAAUGAGGAGCCUUCCGCAUGGAAAAUCCCAGCUGAGUGGAACAAAGGCUGGUGGUUGAUGAAGAUGCUUGACGAGGGUGGAUUUGAUGCCGACGUUGAGGUGAAGCUCGUGAAAGGAGGCAUGCAGGCUAGUAGUCUUGAUGAACUUGUUGAGAAUCUGAUGUACUUCAAGGAUAUGUUCUUCAAGGGCUAUAAUGAAGAAGAGGUAAAGCGACUGCUGGAAGUGAUGAGGAAGGAGAUCAGUGCUGCCCCUGGCUACAAUGAAACCAAUGAUGGAGUAAAGGUUGAGAUGAUUGCUUGGGUGGGUAUUGCAGUGAAGAUAUAAGAUGCACCAAUAUCUCUGAACAGACUCAUGUCAUGCUGCUCGAGGAAGAACAUGCCUAAAGCCACCUCAUAACCUGCGGUAGAAAUAUAAUUCUUCAUAAAAC